GAGAAGAAAGAAACUUUGCUUUACGCGCAGGGAGUUUUCUCACCGCGGACGGAAGCUGCUUGGGGAGUUAACAGAGGAGAAGAAGAAAAAGGAAGAGGGGGAGGAGGAGGAGAAACUGGACGGGGGAGAUUUACGCACCGUCGCCGGUCAGAGUUUUGAACGGGACACGAGCACCUUUACGCACAGGCACAGGUGGAUGCUGGGAAGCGGACCAGCUGAGAGGAGAUGUUACCCCUGGCCCAGUUCGGGGUGCUGUCGGCCCUGGCCACCGCGCUCACCUCUGUCCUGUCCGCGGUCUUGCUGCUGGCGCUGACCCGGCAGCUGUGGAGCCUCCGCUGGAGUCUGACCCGGGACAAAGAGAGCAGGCUGCCGCUGCCGAAGGGCUCCAUGGGUUGGCCGCUGGUCGGAGAGACUUUCCACUGGCUGUUCCAGGGCUCCAACUUCCACAUCUCGCGCAGAGAGCGUCAUGGCAACGUGUUUAAGACCCACCUGCUCGGGAAGCCCGUCAUCCGGGUGACGGGCGCAGAAAACAUCCGCAAAAUCCUGCUGGGCGAGCACACGCUGGUGUGCACCCAGUGGCCCCAGAGCACCCGCAUCAUCCUGGGACCCAACACCCUGGUCAACUCCAUCGGAGACCUGCACAAGAGGAAGAGAAAAAUCCUGGCUAAAGUGUUUAGCCGGGGGGCUCUGGAGUCCUACCUGCCCCGGCUGCAGGACGUCAUCAAGUCUGAAAUCGCCAAGUGGUGCUCGGAGCCGGGCGCCAUCGACGUUUACAGCGCCGCCCGGUCCCUGACAUUCCGGAUCGCCGUCAGGGUGCUGCUGGGCCUGCAGCUGGAGGAGGAGCGGAUCGUUUACCUGGCCCAAAUCUUCGAGCAGCUGAUGAACAACCUCUUCUCGCUCCCCAUAGACGCUCCGCUCAGUGGGCUGCGAAAGGGGAUAAAAGCCAGAGAAAUCUUGCACGCCAAUAUGGAGAAAAUCAUUGAGGAAAAGGUGGAGCGGCAGCAGGCGGAAGAGGAAUAUCACGAUGCCUUCGACUACAUGCUGUCCAGCUCAAAGGAGCACGGCCAUCAGCUCAACAUCCAGGAGCUCAAGGAAACAGCCGUAGAAUUGAUCUUCGCCGCUCACUCCACCACAGCCAGCGCCUCCACAUCGCUGGUCCUGCAGCUCCUCCGUCAUCCAGCGGUGGUGGAGCGGGCCAGGCUCGAGCUGGAGGCCGAGGGCCUCGGCUACGAAUCCCACAGCGGUCGGAGCCCGUCCGGUGACUCCACUGAGGAACAGGAAGACGCCGUCGACACAGAGACGAGCUGCCUGCUGAACGGAGGCUGUCAGAGUCUCGGUGCUGGUUUUCCGCAGUCCCAGUCUCACGUUCCGUAUCUGAGCCUGGACAAGCUGAGCCAGCUCCGCUACGUCGACUGUGUCGUCAAAGAGGUGCUCCGUUUCCUGCCGCCGGUCUCCGGAGGUUACCGGACAGCCCUACAGACAUUUGAAUUAGACGGCUACCAGAUCCCCAAAGGCUGGAGUGUAAUGUACAGCAUCCGGGACACCCAUGAGACCGCAGCAGUCUUCCAGAGCCCGGAGCUGUUUGACCCAGACCGGUUUGGCCCGGACCGGGAGGAGAGUCGGUCGUCUCGGUUCAGCUACGUGCCGUUUGGCGGCGGUGUGCGGAGCUGCGUUGGAAAAGAGCUGGCACAGAUCAUCCUAAAGACUCUGGCUGUGGAGCUGAUCGGGACUUGCAAAUGGACUCUGGCCACGGAGAACUUUCCCAAGAUGCAGACAGUGCCAAUAGUGCACCCGGUAAACGGGCUGCACGUGCAUUUCACGUACAACCACCCACUUUAGGUACUGACAGACUUCCCAAAAAACUCACCCGGAAGAACUCUUUAAGCCCAAGAAAGGAGACCGGACCCCCACCUGGGCCUGACGGUGCAGCUCAGACCUGCUUUCAUUUCCACGGACAUGAAGAAGGGGGUUACACUGCUGGUUUGGAGCACUUCAUCAUCUCUGCAGUGGCUUGGUUCAAACCUCAGAAACCACAUUCUGUUGUAGCACAAGUCCAUUUUUAACCACCUGAUAUGCUCACCUGCUGCGUUUUUAAUGUUUCCCAGCUUUUCCUUUUCUUUACAUUCGUCUAUAAGUUAUUAAUGUGUCGAGGUGCAGUGCAUAUCAGUGAGAAAGUAAGAAGACUGGAGAUCUGGGCUUGCCCUGCUGAAGAGCCCCGUGAAAGGACUGCAUGUACACUUCAGUUAGGUCGGUGUAGGUGAAGCAGUUUCUUUAAAUGCGCAUUAACUUAUUAAAUAUCAGGACGGACUGUGCAUCAGUGGGAGUGAGCGCUACGCUGCAUUUCUUGGCUCAUGUUCAGCAGGAGAAGCGGUUUGACCUGCAUACAGCAAGUGCCUCAUGAACACACUUCAGGCUCAAUUAGCUUACCUGAAAUCAAAGACCUGCAACACGUCGACUGUGCAGAGCCGGAGAGGACGUCUUUCCAGAAAGUCUUUCUAUGAAGCCGUCUUAGCUCUAGUUUCAUGGCUCUGACAAAGCUCCAAGUCCAGGAAUAAACAUGCAACACAAAACUGCCAGCAGUGGUUUGGACCAUUUUGUUGUGAUACACAUUUAGACGAGAUGAUAAAACCCGCUCAGCUUUGGUGCUGUUAUCUUUUGUACCUCUCAGUUUCACUUCAGCUGCAUUUUGAAACUCACAAAAUGCAGCUGGUGAAGUCCAGUCCAGGGUCAGCGGGAUGCAGGGACCUCACCUCUGACAUGCAGAAUCAACAUGACUUCAACAUGACCUUCAGUCCUUCAGUUCUUUCUGAACUGCCUGUGAGCAAGGCAGCAGACGUCUGCCAGCUCCAUGCAGAUGCUGCCUGUGGAGAAGUUCUCCAUUCAGUGUAAAAAAACCCAUCAGUUCUCAUUAAAACCCGAUUAAAGCCAGAAAUUCAAUGAAUAUCUGCAACGGAGAACUACUUCAUGGCCCGUGUUGGACGCAGGACAGACUCACGUCUCUUUAGUCUCGAUGUUUGUCCUCACUGCAAAAACACUUUCACUGAUGGAACUUGCACUUGAUAAUCCCACAAAACCCGAACAUCAAGCUCGAAAUACAUUCAAACUCUUCUGUUGUUUUAAUAUGAAUGUAAUAUAUAUCCUUAACAGUGCUAUUAUGUGUGUAUCAAAUGAAGUAGCAUUAUGAAUAAGCUGUAUUUAAAAUGCAGAUGCAUAAUUUCUAUUGAACUUUUACACUAUCUGUAACAUUUGCUGUAAUUAUGAAUAGAGACACUAACCUGUAAUUCAAAGGACUGUCCAUCAAACCUUGUUUCACUGCUAGAACAUAGAGAUCUUUCAUUGUUUAGAGCAGCAUAUAUUGAGAAUAACAUUAUGAUUGUUGUUGUAAUUAUUGGACUGUUUCUGUGUUGGUCUUGAAGCCUAAUAGACGCGCUGUGAAAUCGGAUGGAUUUGUGGAAGGAGAUAGCACUUUCUCCGCUUUAAGGAGUCUGUAUAUAUUUGUCCUAUUAAUCGUUCACUGAGUUUAUCAG